AGCGUUUUUCGAGCGAAGUAAAUCAAGAAUAAUGACUCCUAUACUAGCUGCCACCCUAGACCGUAUUGGACUAAGCGACCGAAAUGCAAUGUAUGUUAUUUCUGCGGUUUUAACAAGUGCUGGACUAAACUUAGACGAUUUUACCGUUAGCAGACAAACAAUCUCAAGGGCCCGUGCAGAAUAUCGCGAAGAGAUUGCUCAAAAUAUCCAAAGCAAUUUUGAUCUGAAUGGACCACUUGUUGUACAUUGGGAUGGAAAGCUGCUUCAAGAUCUCACAGGUACUGACAAAGUAGAAAGAUUGCCAGUUUUGGUAUCCUCUGGGGCAAAUGUUCAGCUGCUUGGAGUCCCAAAAUUGUCUUCUGGAACUGGUGAAAGACAGGCAAACGAAGUUUGCAAAUUGAUGAAUGCAUGGGAACUAAGCGAUCGCAUCUGUGCAAUGGGAUUUGAUACAACAGCAGCAAAUACAGGAAUCAAAAAAAGCGCUUGUACCCUAAUCGAGAAGCGGAUUGGCAGAGAUCUUUUAUGGCUGGCGUGUAAGCAUCAUAUUGCCGAAGUUUUGAUGACAACAGCUUGGGAAAAACUAUUUCCUUCAAAAGGCCCUUCUUCAAGUAUUUUUAUAAAAUUUAAAUCGGCAUGGCCUACUGGAUCAAUCCUUUGAUGAAAAUAUGGUAGACGAAAACAUUAUUGAGAUCCUUGAUGAUGAAACACAACACAACACAAUCUUGUAAGGGUGAUGAAGUAAGAAAAAUAAAAUUGAAAGUAUCUACGAUCGAUAAGUUGACUUCUUGUACGCUUUCGGAUUUUGUUUCUCAAAAUACGAUGAUUUUUUUUGAAAUUUCUGGAAUAUCUGCAAAUUUUCUCAAAGAAGAUCCUAGUAUAUGGGAUGAAUUGGAAGAAUUUGUUGAAAGUAGAAAUAAAAUUAAUUCAUUUUUGGUAGUGAAUGACUGUGCUGAAAGAGGCUUAUUCGUUGUUUGGAUAUAUAACUUGUUGGUUGUAAAAAGAAAUAUAAAAUAUCUAGUUUGAGUUUUCGCCAAAAAAUUAGUUAGGGUCCAGCUCGGGUUUAAGACUGCAAAAAUUGUCGGGUACGGGUCGAGUUCGGGUUUGAUAAGAUUUUUCAUUCCGGGUUCGGGUCGGGUCCGGGUUCAAAAUGAAUUUCUAAAUCGGGUACGGGUCGGGUUCGGGUUUACAAAAUGUGAAA